GCGAUAUUUUCGAUCUCGAGACCGUUGUUGUUGGCUUUACCAGUCCGUCAGUCAGUCACAAUGGCGUCUACGUCUCAGCCUCCCCUUCGCUUUACAUCCCACAAGAACCUGGUCUGGCGUCUGGUCUUUUCUACGUUGACCGGACGCACCGUUCAGAUUUCUCAGAUCCGUCCUUCGUCGCCCACGAACCCCGGUCUUGCUCCCCAUGAAAUCUCUUUCCUUCGUCUCCUCGAUUCCAUCACCAAUGGCUCGCAGAUGGAAAUCUCCUACACCGGUACCAUCCUGGUCUACAAGCCCGGUCUCAUUACGGGCAGUGCUUCGGGUACCGGGGCCAACAGUGGAGGUGUGAUCCGGCAUGAACUGCCCGCAGGGUGCGCGCGCGGCGUGAGCUAUUUCCUUAUACCUCUCUGCCUGCUGGCACCCUUCUCCAAGGCGCCCCUGAAGGUGCUUUUUACUGGCCCUGGAGUCAUCACCUCGGCCACACCGAACGGUGACAUGUCGGUUGAUAGCGUGCGGACCGCGAUCCUCCCUCUCUACAACCAGUUCGGCAUUUUCAACAACAUUGAGCUGCGCAUUCUCAAACGUUCAAACCCUGGCCCGAACGGCAGGGGCGGUGGUGGUGAGGUGCAGCUGGUCUUUGGCCACCAGCUCCGGCUGCCCAAGACCCUUCACCUCAUGAACCCCGGUCGAAUCACAAAGGUCCGUGGUGUGGCUUAUGCCGUUGGUGUGUCGGCGUCCAACAACGCAAGAAUGAUCCAAACCGCCCGUGGUGUUCUCAACCCGCUCGUCCCUGACACCUACAUCUUCUCUGAUGUGUCGUCUGCCCCAUUCGUGCCUACCUCGGAAAAGACCAACCCGUCGGGAAAGAAGAAGAUCGGCCUUGGGUUCGGUCUCUCGUUGGUCGCAGAAUCCUCCACGGGCUGCCUGUUCUCUGCCGAUGUGGCGUCGCCUCCCGCAGGUGGUGAGGCGCCUGAGGAUAUUGGGAAGCGAUGUGCUUACCAGCUGCUCGAGACCAUCUCGAAGGGCGGAUGCGUUGCCCCUGCUGGAGUGGCCACCAUGCUAGGUCUGAUGACCAUGGGAUCAGAAGAUGUCGGGCGAAUCCAGGUCGGUCGCGAGGUGAUCGCCGACGAGAGCACCAUCCAACUGGCCCGGGACCUGACCAAGUUCGGCGCCCCGGGCUGGGGUCUCAGGGACGCCAGUGGGGAGAAUGAGAACGGUGACGUGAUCAUCAGCGUGGUUGGCCGCGGUAUUGGCAAUGUCGGUCGCAAGGUUGCUUGAUUCUGAGACCCAACAAACGCCUCACAUUAUCUAUGCGGUCGGCUGUUUCAGGUCUUACCGAUCUCGCGAGAAGGUCGACCGAAGGCUCCCAGUGGAUGAUGCCAGGCGUCGUCGCAG